ACUGACAAGAGGGGGACAUGUCGAGGAACCCAACUGGUACGCGUGUGUGGAUACUGCGAGUCCAGCGCUUUCCCCUCGCGGUACUCGGUUCUGCUCGCGUCAAACUUCACCCACAACAUCACCUCCGCCUCCCGCUGCUGCACCAUCAGCAAAGACGCCAAGGUUAAAAUUCGUCUUUACUGUUCUCGAGGGCGCCAUCAUGCUGAUAUGGAGAUGCUGACGGCGCGGGCCUGUCGCUGCAGCAUGUGCCACAAAUCCCGAUACUGAGACUCAAAUAACGACGAAGAAUGAUGUACAAUUAUGAAAGUAUGCGGUUUUGAUUUAAAUUUCAGAUUUUACAGCUUUUAUUAGUCUUUGCAUACAUUUUUUUUUACUUAUUUCAUUUCAUUAAAUACACUUGACUACAAUUGAGAAGUUUGGGGUUAUGAAGAUUUUUUAAAGAAACUAAUUAUAUUAGUUAAUGCAUUCAAUUAAAUGCAUUACAU